AUGAGGCACACCGAGAUUGAAGAACAGCCGCCUGGCGCUGCCACUCCGGCACCAACAGUCGAAUACGACCUGAAAAGAGAACGAGAUCUCGAAGAAGCAUCGACAUCAGCCGAGUUUGAUGAGCCUACCGUUGACGAACUCAAUGUUGUCAACUGGGAUGGCCCUGACGAUCCAGCCAACCCCCAGAACUGGUCAAUGAAGAAGAAGACGGUUACAGUUAUUAUUGUUUCAUCCAUCACAUUUGUCACGCCACUGGCGUCUUCCAUCUUUGCACCAAGUAUCGACCAAGUCAUGACUGAAUUCCACUCAACGAACGAGCAAUUGGCAUCCUUCAUCGUUUCAGUAUACCUGCUUGGGUACUGUUUUGGUCCACUGGCAAUAGCUCCACUGUCCGAGAUGUACGGCAGACUUCCAUUGUACCACGUUUGCAAUGUUCUCUUUAUCAUCUUCAGUGUGGCUUGUGCUUUGGCCCCUAACCUGGGUGGUCUCAUUGCAUUCCGACUCCUUGCUGGACUUGCCGGGUCUUGCCCGCUUACAAUCGGAGCUGCGACGUUGGCUGAUAUAAUAUCCAAAGAGAAGCGAGGAGCUGCCAUGUCUUCAUGGGCUCUUGGACCUCUAUUCGGACCGGUCAUUGGACCAAUUGCUGGUGGAUAUCUCUCGCAGGCCAAAAGCUGGCGAUGGUCUUUCUGGGUUGUGGCUAUUAUUACCGGCGCGAUCACAAUCAUGGCCUUUUUGUUCAUGAGAGAAACAUAUGCCUAUACUAUUCUUGAGAACAAGACCAAGAGGCUUCGCAAAGAGACAGGAAACCCAAAGCUCCGAUCUGCUCUCGACAAGGGAACCACCACAAAGGAACUCUUCAGCCUCGCCAUGGUACGGCCCACAAAGAUGCUUCUCUUCGCGCCCAUCGUCUCGCUUCUAUCACUAUACAUGGCCUUGGUGUAUGGGUACCUUUAUCUCCUUUUUACCGCCAUGCCAACACUGUUCGAAGGAGAGUAUCAUUUCUCUCGGGGAUCAGUUGGCCUAUCUUAUCUCGGUAUUGGCACAGGCUCCAUACUUGGACUCUUCAUUGCUGGAGCUACAUCAGAUCCUCUCGUUCGGUACCUGGCUAAGAAGAACGGUGGAGAUGUCAAACCCGAGUAUCGACUUCCUUUCAUGUUCAUAGCUUGUCUCCUUAUUCCUGCCGGUCUGUUCCUGUUUGGCUGGUCUGCUGAGAAGAAGACCCAUUGGAUCCUGCCCAUCAUUGGCACCUCUUUCUUGGGUUGUGGUAUGAUCAUCGUAUUUAUGUCAAUCUCAGUUUACCUUGUCGAUGCAUACGUCGAAUAUUCUGCGUCCGUCAUUGCCGCAAGCACUGUACUUCGCUCACUGGUGGGAGCACUGUUACCUCUAGCAGGUCGAAGCAUGUACAAUAGCUUGGGCUAUGGCUGGGGAACCUCAUUGCUAGGCUUUAUUGCAGCUGCGGCUAUCCCGUUUCCCCUGAUUUUCUAUAAAUACGGCGAAAAGAUCCGAAGUAGGAACUUGUUCGAUGUCAAGCUUUAA